UUAUUGCUACUCUACUUAUGCUCCCUACCCAUAAUGCUGUUUUUUUUUUUUUUUUUUUUUUUUACUUAACCGGAAUGUAAUGUUUUUAAUGUUUGUAAAGCGGAUUUUAACACAUUUGGCGCAACAUAACGUGUCGGACAGAACAAUGAGACGGCAAGUACUUUUGUUCAUGUCGAUUCUCUCUCUAAAUUCAGUGCUCGGGCAGGUCAGCUACUCCAUUCCCGAGGAAAUGGCAGUAGGUUCUGUAGUCGGCAACAUAGCACAGGAUUUGGGUUUAGAUGUGAAAAGACUGAAAUCAGGCAAUGCUCGUAUUUAUACGGGCGACAGGGCAGAGUACAUCGAACUGAAUAAAGAUAAGGGAGUCAUCCUUGUUAAAGAGAGAAUCGACAGGGAGGCGCUCUGUGCACAGACGACGCCUUGUGCUUUACAUUCUCAGAUUAUUCUAGAAAACCCGAUGGAACUUUUCCGAAUAACAGUAGAGAUAACCGAUAUCAACGAUAAUAGUCCUAGUUUUAAAAAUGAGGAGAAGCGUUUUGAAAUCAGCGAGUCGGCAGUUACAGGAUCUAAAUUUGUAUUAGAGAGGGCGAUUGACGCCGACAUUGGCGUGAAUGGGCUGAGAAAUUAUAGUUUGAAACCAACGGAUAAUUUUGCACUCAGACUACAAAAUCAAGCAGACGGGAAUAAAAAGGUGGAAAUGGUUUUGCAGAAACCGCUAGAUCGAGAAAAACAAGAACAAAUAUCACUGUUGUUAACAGCUGUAGAUGGAGGAGAGCCUCAGAUGUCUGGCACAAUGAAGAUUUAUGUUACCGUAUUAGAUGCAAAUGACAAUGCUCCUGUGUUUACGCAGUCCGUUUACAAGGCAACGAUAACGGAAAAUUCUCAGAGGGGAACAACUGUGACACUGGUUAGUGCUUCUGAUGCAGAUAAAGGCACACAUGGUAAAGUCUCUUAUUCAGUGUCAACCACAAUGGACAGUGUAUCUGACAUAUUUGACAUAAAUGAAAAUGGAGAGGUGAUAUUAAUUGGUGAAGUUGAUUUUGAAAAAUCCAGACACUAUCAAAUUGAUAUUGAGGCAAAUGACAGCGGUGGUCUUUCUGAUUCCAGUAAGAUUAUAGUUGAUGUCAUUGAUGUUAAUGAUAAUGCACCUAUAAUCAGUGUACUUUCCAAAUCAAAUUCAGUCCCAGAGGACUCUGCUCUAAACACAGUAAUAGUAAUGUUUAGUGUACUUGACCCAGAUUCUAAUAACAAUGGCCAGGUGAACUGCAAAAUAAAUGGCAACAUCCCAUUUACUAUCAAAACUACAUCAAGUAAUUUCUAUAGCCUCGUGACGGACAGUGAUUUAGACAGGGAGGUAGCCUCUGAGUACAAUAUUACAAUUACAUGCUCUGAUGAGGGAAUCCCCUCCCUCUCCAGCAGCGUCACUCUCACCUUACAGAUCUCAGAUGUGAACGACAACGCGCCUGUCUUUGAGGGUAGCUCAUAUGAGGCCUACAUUGUAGAAAACAACACCCCAGGCCUCUCUGUAUUCACCGUGAAAGCCAGAGACGCUGACUGGAACCAGAAUGCCCGUGUCUCCUACAUACUGGAGGACUCCUCGGUUAACGGAGUACCCGUCUCCUCAUAUGUGUCUGUCAGUGCUGAUAGUGGAGUCAUCCAUGCAGUUCGCUCUUUUGACUACGAGCAGAUCAAAGAUUUCCAGUUUCGCGUUAAAGCGCAGGAUGGAGGCUCUCCUCCACUCAGUAAUAAUGUGAGUGUGAAAAUACUGAUCCAGGACCAGAACGACAACGCCCCUCAGGUUCUGUACCCAGUCCAGACUGGUGGCUCUCUGGUGGCUGAAAUCGUGCCUCGUUCAGCAGAGGUGGGCUAUUUGGUGACCAAAGUGGUGGCUGUUGAUGUGGACUCUGGCCAGAAUGCCUGGCUCUCCUAUAAACUGCAGAAAGCCACAGACAGGGCGCUGUUCGAAGUGGGCUUACAGAACGGGGAAAUCAGAACUAUCCGCCAAGUCACUGAUAAAGAUGUUGUGAAACAAAGGCUGACUGUUGUGGUGGAGGACAACGGCCAGCCCUCUCGUUCAGCUACAGUCAAUGUUAACGUGGCGGUGGCGGACAGCUUCCCUGAAGUGCUGUCGGAGUUCACUGACUUCACUCUGGACAGGGAGUACAAUGACAACCUGACUUUUUACUUGGUCUUGGCUUUGGCUGUGGUUUCCUUUCUGUUCAUCACGUGCCUGGUGGUUAUUAUAUCAGUGAAAAUCUACAGGUGGAGACAGUCUCGCAUCCUGUAUCAGUCCAACCUGCCUGUGAUUCCAUAUUAUCCCCCACGUUACUCAGACACUUUGGGGACAGGGACUCUCCCACACGUGUACAAUUACGAGGUGUGCAGGACGACUGACUCCAGUAAGAGUGACUGUAAGUUCGGCAGAGCCGGUAGUCAGAACGUCCUGAUAAUGGAGCCCAGUUCAACAGGGACGAUGCAGCGGAUACAGAGUGACAAGAGCAUCCUGGAUGAACCAGACUCUCCUCUAGAGUUAACGGCUCUGAACUCUGCGGGCCGCUGUAGGCCAACGUGUUGCAGCCUUAAAUCAGAUAUGUAG